AUGAAUCAUGGUUCAAAAAGUAACGGGGCAGAAGAGUACAAGUCUGAUCCAAAAACCAGUAACAAAUUAGAAGAAAUCAUGUCAACCGUCCCAAAAAGAAAAGGUGCUUGGCUCAUGUUUAAUGAUCUUUAUCUGUACGAACGUUUUUGGUGCAGUUCAUUCCAGUUAGAAGGAAUCUUGCGUGCUCAAGACCAUUUCAAGCCUCAACCCAACGACGUGAUCUUGAGUAGCACUCCGAAAUCUGGCACAACUUGGCUUAAAGCUCUGGCUUUUGCCAUCACGACACGAUCUUGUGUUGAUGAGUCUACAAACCCUUUACUCACAAGAUUGGCACAUGAUUGUGUACCCUUCUUGGAGUUUAAACUUCACUCAAGCCCACAAAAAUUGAAUCUAGAUGUGCCCGUUGUGGCCACCCACAUCCCUUACACCUCCUUACCAAAAUCCAUUAUAAAUUCUGGUUGUAAAAUUGUUUACAUAUGCAGGGAUCCAAAGGAUGCAUUUGUGUCUCUAUGGCAAUUUCAUCACAGGGUGCGUCCUAAGGGUGAGGAAGUCUCGGCUUGGGAAGAUCUUCCUUUGGAGGAUGCAUUUGAGUUCUUUUGUGAAGGAUUCACUCCUGGCGGACCAUAUUGGGACCAUUUAUUAGGGUAUUGGAGAGCAAGUUUGGAAUCGCCAGAGAAAAUACUGUUUUUAAAGUAUGAAAAUUUGAAGAAAAAAACUGAAUAUUGGAUAAAGAAAAUGGCUCAAUUUAUGGGCUAUCCUCUCUCCUUGGAGGAAGAAGAUAAAGGUGUGGUGCAAAAGAUUAUAGACCUAUGUAGUUUUGAGAAUUUGUCCAAUUUGGAGGUGAAUAAAAGUGGAAAGGCAAGAUUGGAUGUUGGAAUUGGAGUCAACACAUUUGAGUUCAAAAACAACACAUACUUUAGAAAAGGUAAAGUUGGAGAUUGGAAGAAUUAUCUUACACCUGAAAUGGCAACGCGACUAGAUCAAAUAACUGAGCAAAAGCUAAAUGGUUCUGGUUUGACAUUACACGUUUUACCUAAUGCAUAA